AUGGAUUUAACCGGUCGCGUUGCUAUAGUAACCGGCGCGAGUUCUGGCAUAGGGGCUGCUACUGCAAAGCUGUUCGCUGCUCAAGGUGCCUUAUUAACUAUAGUCGGAAGAAACGAAGCGAGAUUGCUAGCCGUCGCCGAUGUUUGCGAACAAGCCAACGGUAACAAACCAGUGUGCGCACUCGUCGAUCUAACUGUAGAAAAUAGUUGUGAAGAAGUCGUGAGAAAAACCGUCGAGACAUACAAUAAAUUGGAUAUAUUGAUAAACUGUGCAGGAAAGGCAAUGUUGACGUCUCUAUUCGACAACUCAAUGAUUGUUUUUGACGAACUGGUGGCAUUGAAUCUUAGAGUUCCAUAUCAAAUGACGCAACUUUGUUUACCACACUUGAAGAAAACAAAGGGGCACAUAGUAAACGUAUUCGCUUCGCCGAUGCGUAUGAGACCUGGUUUUCUGCCUUAUGUAAUGAUAAGAGACGCCAUGGAGAGGUUCACUAGAUCAGCAGUCCUAGAAUUGGCCCCCGAGGGAGUGAGAAUGAACGCCGUCCGCCCGGGCAUAACGAGAACUAAUCUGCUGUCAAACUUGAACGUCGACGACGAUAUGAUGGAUCAUGCUUACGCUGCUAUAUCGAAGAUCUUGCCAAAUUCCGCCAUCCUAGAGCCCGAUGAGGUGGCGAAAACUAUUCUGUUUACAGUCAGUGAUAUUUGUCCAAAUCUGAAUGGUUCUAAUAUACAAAUAGACGGUGCCGCCACCGUAUCUUGA